CCAUUUAAAAGAUGUCAUCAUUGGAAAAAUAUAUUUUCUUCUGGUGAGACUUGAGAUUAAAAAUAUGGAGCUUGAGAUCAGGCGUCAAGAGUCAACAGGAUCAGGGCCUAAUACAUAUGUUGAGACGGAGACCCUUGCAAAAUUCGAAUUGAUGGAUAGUGCUCCUGUUAGAGGAGAAUCAAUUCCAAUCAGACUGUUUCUAAGUCCAUAUGAGUUGACACCCACAUACCACAACAUCAACAACAAGUUCAGCGUCAAGUGUUUUUUGAAUCUUGUUCUAGUUGAUGAAGAGGAUAGACGGUAUUUUAAGCAGGAAGAAAUCAGAGUUUAUCGGCUUCUUGAAAAUUCCUAAGCAUUUGUGAUGGGGAGCUGGGAGCAUUUGACAUGAGAACAAGCAGCAACACAUUUGCUAUGCCAUUUGGAGCAUUUGUUUGGUUUCCUGAACUGACUACAUUUGUGAUUUGCAUCAAGUUUGUGCCAAAUGACAUGCAUAUUUAAUUGUUUUUGGUUUAGUGAAAAACCUUUAGAAUGACUAAAACUAAUACAUGGUUUACAUUUCUUAACGCCUCAUUUUUUAUUUUGAUUUCUGUAAAAAUAUUUGUAUCAUCUUUUUCAUUUUCAUUCUUUUCUUUUUUCUUUUUUCUUUUUAUU